CUUGUAACCAAUCGUUUUGAGACCUGCCAUAACGUAGGCAGAAAAAAACAUGGCGCUGUACAUGAGUCGAGCUGUCAGACGAACUGCUUCUCAGGCAGCUGGAUGGCUCCUGUCUGUGCGGGGCCAGAGGUGUGUCCCAGCACGUCGGGACCACUCGGCCUACUCCCCCAAGUACGUCCCCCGACGCGCCGUGCUCUACUGCCCCGGCAACGACGACAGGAAGCUGCGCAAGCUGGCCUCGCUCGACCUGGACUGUGCCGUCCUCGACUGCGAGGACGGGGUGGCACUGAGCAAGAAGGGUGAGGCCCGGGAAACCAUUCCCAGGAUGCUGCAGGAGCUGGACCUCGGCCGGACAGAGAAGUGUGUGAGAGUGAACUCCGUGUCCAGCGGCCUGGCCGAGGCUGACCUGGAGGUGCUGCUGCAGGCGCCUCUCCUACCCCAGGCUCUCAUGCUGCCCAAGGUGGAGGACGCAGGGGAGGUGCGCUGGUUUGUUGACAGGUUUCAGCGCCACUUGAAAGGACGCUCGCUGACAGAGCCUAUUCGCCUGCUCACCUUUGUGGAAACCGCUCUGGGCUUGCUCAAUUUUAAGGACGUGUGUGAGGAGGUUCGUCGGCUUGCCCCUAGCGCCGGUCUCCAUCACGAUGGCGUCGUAUUUGGGUCGGAUGACUUCUGCGCCAGUAUAGGCGCCAGCAGGACAGAGGAUGCCAGGGAGCUGCUAUAUGCCCGUCAGAAGGUGGUGGUGAACCAGGCCUUCGGUCUCCAGGCCAUCGACCUGGUCUACAUCGACUACAGGAACACGGAGGGCCUCCGACGCCAGGCCAGGGAGGGCGCCCUCAUGGGGUUCACAGGGAAGCAGGUGAUCCACCCAGGCCAGGUGGGGGUGGUCCAGGAAGAGUUCUCCCCCAGCAAGGAGAGGGUGCAGUGGGCCUCAGAACUCAUCGCCGCCUUCCAGGAACACCAGCAGCAGGGCAAGGGGGCGUUCACCUUCCGAGGCAACAUGAUAGACAUGCCAUCGCUGAAGCAGGCACAGAACAUUGUCACUUUGGCGGACGCUUUCCCCAAGUAAUGACCUUUGGGCGAAACGGCGACGGGAGGAGAAGAGGGCGGGCGAGGAUCCACAAAGCAGAGAAAAGAGAAGGGAGAGAUGAGAGCCGAGACUCAGUGAUGAGACCCAAGCUGUCUCCCACCACCCGGCCAUCUGAUAGACACUGCUAACAAACAGAUCCCAUGAGAUAAUUGAACUUUACACACAAUACACUUCAGACGCUGCAACAAGGUUGUAAUCGGUGUUCAUUUUGUUCAUUUCUUUUGUGGAGUAAAUGUUGACUGAAUUUAUUGGAUUACUGUUAUUUGUGAACUAAUAAAGCUUGUGAUAUUUGA